AUGGAGACCUGGCAGUAUUCUGCCGUCAACGGCAACCUCGAAGACUGCCUCACCCUCAACAAGGAUGCGCCUGUGCCAAGCAUCUCCUCCCUUCGCCAAGACGAGCUACUCAUCGAAGUCAUCAGCGCAUCGCUCAACCCAGCCGACUACAAGGUCCCCGUAACACCUCUUAUCGGCCGCCUGCUGAUAUCCCGCCCUGCGACCCCAGGGAUGGACUUUUGUGGCCGCGUCGUCGGCACACACCCGUCGAAUACAUCUUUCAAAGAGGGACAGCUCGUUUUCGGCGGCUAUGCCAUGAUCAACCAGAGGGGCGUUCUCGGUCAGUACACUGUUAUCCCGAUGGCCAACGUCACGCCUCUACCAGAGGGGGUCGACCCGGACCACGCAGCGGCAGUGGGCACUGCAGCUACGACGGCAUACCAGUCCCUCAUGCCCGACAACCUCAAGCCCAGCGCGAAGGUCUUUAUCAACGGUGGCAGCGGCGGGACGGGGACCUGGGGCAUCCAGAUUGCCAAAGCCUUGGGCGCGGAGGUCGUCACGUCGUGCUCCACUACAAACGUUGAGCUUUGCAAACAGCUCGGCGCCGAUGAAUUAGUUGAUUACAAGAAUGAAGAUGUCGUGGCAAAUUUGAAGGCGCGAGGUACCAUAUUUGAUCUUGUUAUCGACAAUGUGGGCAGCACCACGGAGCUCUAUGACCAGAGCCACCACUACCUGAAGGCUGGGGGAACGUUCGUCUUGGUCGGCGUCGGCGCAGACCUGUCGCUUUGUGGCAUCUUUUCGAAUCUUAGCAGGCAAUUGCGCCCGGCGAUUAUGGGAUGCAGAGGGUUUUAUUUUGUUCGACAGAAGAAUGAUAGUGAAUUCUUUGGUCGGAUUGGUGGGUGGAUGGCGGAUGGCAAGGCGAGAGCUGUCAUUGACUCGACAUUUUCGUUUGAUGAUGUACCUAGCGCUUACAAAAAGCUCCGAGAGGGCAGAGCUCGAGGUAAAAUCAUCGUUCAUGUUGGAAGAAGACGAUAG